GUGAUGUCUGUCAUUAAACAUGAGAAGUCAACUGUACCCGAACUGGUUCUGUUUGUAUUCAACAUCUGCAGUCAAAAGACUCAUCAUGACUCUGAUCGGACUGAACAUCUGGCUGCUGCUGCUGUCUGGAUCCGCACUCGGAGCGCCUUCGUUCAGCCUGGACUAUGAGAACGACUGCUUCCUUAAAGAUGGACAACCAUUCCGUUACAUCUCAGGAAGCAUCCACUACAGCAGGAUCCCCAGGGCCUACUGGAGAGACCGGCUGCUCAAAAUGUACAUGGCAGGACUGAACGCCAUCCAGACCUACAUUCCCUGGAACUACCACGAAGAGUCUCCGGGUCAGUAUAACUUUACCGGCGACAGAGACGUGGAGUACUUCCUGAAGCUGGCUCAGGACACGGGCUUGUUGGUCAUCCUCCGGCCUGGACCCUAUAUUUGUGCAGAGUGGGACAUGGGUGGUCUGCCUUCCUGGCUUCUCAGUAAGAAAGACAUGGUGCUGCGGUCGUCAGACCCAGAUUACAUCACGGCUGUGGAUAAAUGGAUGGGGAAGUUACUGCCAAUGAUUAAACCUUACCUGUAUCAGAACGGAGGUCCAAUCAUCACCGUCCAGGUGGAGAACGAGUACGGCAGCUACUUUGCCUGUGACUUUAACUACAUGCGUCACCUGAGCGACGUGUUCAGGUCUCACCUGGGGGAGGAGGUGGUUCUGUUCACUACAGAUGGCGCGGGGCUGAACUACCUGAAGUGUGGCUCGUUACAGGGCCUCUACGCCACCGUGGACUUCGGGCCAGGAGGUGCUGUGGACUGA